UUGCAUCUUCCAUUAGCCUACUUAUAGAGCUACUCUUAAAUAUGCUACUCAUUUAAAACCCUCUCUUGCAUCUACUUCCUUUCUUUUCUAUCUAGCUUUAGUCUUUUCCUUCACAUAAUUGUGUUUUCCUUUAAGAACCUUUCCAAUUCAUCUGACCCUUUUGCACUCGAAAAAGUCAUCAUAAUAUUACUACUUUUACUUCAUUUCUCAAAGUGUUAUAGCAUCUUUGUCUUUACCACUUUUCUUUAUUUCUCAAAUCCUUUUAACCAUGGUUAUCUCAGCAACCACUUUCACCUCUCAGAAUAACAACAAUAACCUUCGUGGUGGUUCUUUCUCUUCAUACUUGAACAACAAGGAAGUAAAGGAUCCUUUUGCUGAUUCAAUCCACCCCUUUAUCAGCAACAGAAAGGAACCUCUUCACCUUGGAGUAAAGAAAGAAGAAGAUGGAGAAAUUGGAGUUUUUGAUGCUGAAAAAUACUUCAAUGGAGUUGAAAUAGAAACUCCAAGAAUUGCUACCUUAGAUGCCAAUAAACUCAAGUACUUGAAAAACCAACAAGAGAAUAGAAAGUGCAAGGUUCAAUAUGGAACUCCAAGUGUUGGCUCAGAAUCAAGCUUGAAUAGCCAAAGUGCACUUUUACAAACUACUUUGAAAAAUUCUACUUCAAGUAAUAGUAGAAAAAAUCAAGUUCAUAGAAAGAGUCUUCUUGCUACUCUUGGUUGCAAAUGCUCUUGUUAUGAUAAGAAUUCUGUUGAUGUAAGUGAUCAUGCAGGUGAAAUCAGCUUCAACAAAAGUGCAGUUCAAGGAAAAACAACCUCAGAAAAACUCUUCAAACAUGAUCAAGAUGCUUCUGAUCAUUCAAUUAAGAAUAAGAAAACCGAGACGCGUGCUACAUCGGAACUCUUGAUGAACAAAGAUGUCUACUUGCAAAAACAAGAAAAGGUUUCUCCUUACAAAAUGCAACUUCAACAAGUAGAUAAUCCAAGGAAAACAUUGGAAGUGUUUGGUUCACCAAUAUUAGAUGAAAGAUGCAAGUCAAUAAGCUUUGAUAUGAGACUAAAAAUACCAUCUUGGGAAGCUGCUUCAAAACUUGAAGAACAAGAAAUUGAUUUUUCUACAAAUUGUGAUGAUGAUGAUGAUGAUGUUGGAAGUGAUGCAAGUUCAGAUUUAUUUGAGAUUGAAAGCUUCACUGGUAAUAAAACAAGCUCAUUUUUAUCAAGAACAACAACAUCACAUGUUGCUUCUGGUUGCACUAGUCCAAAUUUUUAUGCACCAAGUGAAGCAAGCAUUGAAUGGAGUGUGGUAACUGCAAGUGCAGUUGAUUAUUCAGCUGUUUCAGAUCAUGAAGAUCAAGGUUCAGUAGUAACUAUAAGGAGUCCAAUAAGAACAUCAUUUAAUUCAUUGAAUGGCAAACACAAAAUCAACAAAGAGAUGCCGAGGCGGCGUCCGGGGAAAUUGUUGGGUUGUAAUAGUCAGAAAGCUGUUGGUGUUGCUGGUGAUGCUUUCACUGCAACAAAUGAGAAACAUGGUACAAAUGCAAAAAUGUUGCCUCAGAUGACAAGGUUUAAGGUGGAAAGUUUUGGUGCAAGAAAUGAACAACAUGGUUAUGGAAAACCUCCUCUUAGGAGAUCAAAUUCACCACAUGGUGCACAACUUUUGUAUAUUUAGAUUUAAGAUAGUGUUUUUAAUUAAAACAAGCAUAUCUUUCUUUGUAGUUGGAAUUUGAUCAAUUAUGUGUACCUUGAAAAUUUACUUGGUGUAAUGCAGUUGUUUAUGAAUUUUAGCUACUAUGUUUUCAGAA